GCGGUCAUUCCACAUCCACAUCAUGAAGUCGAUGCUCGUGAGCGCCGCGGUGCUGGCCGUGCUGGCCGUCGUGGCGGCCCGCCCCCAGCAGCAGACGCCUCGGCCCGUCGCCAUCUUGUCGCAGGACGCCGUGGUCAACGCCGACGGCUCCUUCCACUCCAGGUUCGAGACGGAGGACGGCGUCCGGCGCCAGGAGGUGGGGCAGCUGCGGCAGCUGGGAGGCAAGGACGUCGCCGAGGUGGUGCAGGGCCAGGUGCAGUACUCCGACCGCGAGGGCAACCAGUUCGACCUGAGGUUCACCGCCGACGAGAACGGCUACCACCCCGAGGGCUCCCACCUGCCCCAGUCGCCACCCAUCCCCGCCGAGAUCCAGCGCUCCAUCGAGUACAACCUGUCGCACCCCGAGGAGGACGAGUCCCAGAAGUACACCUCGUGAGCAGCGCCAGCAGCGCGCCCGACGGCCGAGGACGGCCAGGGACGACCAGGGACGCGCGCGCGCCAAGGACACCUUGACACACUCAACGCGACGGAGAACCAAGAGUGACUCGGGCGACGCCUUGUCUACAUCCUUGCCGACACCCUCGGCCCGGCCGCCUCGGUCGGCCCGGUUGCAAAAGGCAAAGCAAAUCCCGGUUCUCAACGACCCUACUCCACGACGCACUCCAUGACGUACGAUCGACAGCGGCGCAGGCGAGGCGCAGGCGAGGCGCAGGCGGCCCGCGACAGCGCCGGGGACUGGCUGCUCGCGGCCCUGCGCCGCCCCGCGCGUCCGGGAGCACCACUUCACCAUACCAUCGAGCACCUUUCGCAAACCCCUUUCAUCCGCCAUCAUCAGAAAUACGGACCCCGCGGUCGGUGUUUUCCAUACUUGUACAAUAUUUGUACGCGAUCUGCACAUCCUUCGAAUAUGUCCUCUUUGUGAUGAAACAUUAAACUUUAAGAUCGUA